AUGUGGUUUGAGGAACGAAGUUGGUCAAAUCUGAAAAUGUCAUCAAUGCUUGUAGAAGAAUGGCGUGAUCUAUGGUCAAUUAAAAUUGAUGUAAUUGUCGCAUCACUUGCGUAUAUUUUUGCAACAACUAAUUUUCUCAAUCUACCUGGAUUAAUACUUCAGAAUGGUGGAUUAGCAUUUGUUGCUGCUUACGGUACAUCAUUACUUGUUUGUGUUUUACCAAUUAUUGUAAUGGAAUUUUCGGUUGGUCAACUUACUGGACGAGCACCUGUUGAGGCACUUUAUAACAUAUGUCCACUAUUUAAAGGUGUUGGCAUUGCGCAAGUUAUCUUUUCCCUAUUGAUAAUGGCACAUAUGACACGAUAUAUGGCAUGGCUUAUGCUUUAUCUAUUUCAUCUCUUUUGGGCUCUAUUAGCUGGACGACCAGGUCUACCAUGGUUGCACUGUAGGAAUUUUCCUGAACUUCAAACAUUGCCAUGUGAGGAAGCAGGUUCAGUGGCCAAUUUUACCUAUGCUAGUACGACAAAAUUGAAUACCUUGAAUGGACACUCAUCACUUGUCCAAUUUAUGACAAUGUUAGAACGACCAUCGAAUAAUAUUGCUGAAACAGGCCAUUUACAAUAUUACAUUCUUGCUUCGAUGGGAGUUGUAUGGCUGUUAGUCUUCUUGGCCACUUGUUUUGGUAUUCGUUGGUUAGGAAAGGUUAUACAUUUCACCUUUAUCAUGCCUGUGGUUUUAUUGUGUUUACUUCUAGUACGUGCUUUAACACUUCAAGGUCUUCCGGAAAUUUUGCUGAAAUUUUAUAAGAUCACCGAUUGGCAACGAAUGACGGAUUAUCUUAUGUGGAAGGCAGCUAUUGAACAAGCAGUUUUUGCUACUGGAAUUGGUUUUGGUACAUUUAUUACAAUUGCUUCAUAUAACAAGCGGACAAACAAUCUUGUUGGUGAUGCAUGGUUAAUCCUAUUUGGUCAUGUCGUGCUGACGCUAAUACAAGUACUUGUAAUACUUGGAUUUCUUGGACAUUUAAGUGUUCGACUUGGAUUACAACCAUUUGAGCUUCUUGAUCGAGGAGAAGCGCAAAUGUGGCAUAUCCUUACAUAUAUGUCAUAUGUACCGGAUACACGAACAUGGACUGCAAUUCUUUUGUUUAUGUGCAUUUUCGUCUUACUCAAUAUUUUUUAUCUUCUUACUUUGAACAUAUUGGCAACACUUGAAGAUGCAUUCGGUGAGAAAUCGUCUCGAUGUUUUCCACGAUUUCUACUUGACCUUUUGAUCUGUUGCACUGCUUUUAUUGCCAGCUUUUAUUUUGCUACACAGGGUGGUCGUUAUGCAUAUGAGCUAGUUGGUGGCUAUUUGAAAUAUGUGACAUUGUGGAUUAUACUAUUCUUCGAAAUGCUAGCAGUUGGAUGGUUCUAUUGUGCACAUCGUCUUGGUAAAGAUUUGCAUACGAUGUUACGACGAGCAUGCUGUUGGUGUCUUGGACAUUUCAUUCUCUAUUUCAUAUAUCUUCUGCCAGCUGUCCCUGUUGCAAUAGCUAUGCUGAAUUUGAUUAAUUAUGAUUACUCAGUCUAUUCUUCCGGAAUUCAUGAAUGGAAAUAUUCGGAAGCGCUUGGAUGGGCAAUAGCACUGAUACCAUUACUACCAAUUCCGUUAUUUAUGCAGUUUCGAAUUUGUAGGACAUGUAUGAAAGGACCUGGAGUGACGAAAUGGCAGAAGUUAAAAAAUGCAAUAUCAUCUCCUUUGCAUUAUGAAAUUAUUAAGACAUCACCAUCAUCAGCUAUGCGGAGAUAUUCAAAUGAUGCACCUGGUUACAUUCUUCUUCCGCAAGCUCCGCUUGCUGAACCAGAAGUUUUCAAUGAGAAUCGAUCAUAAGCAGGAUGAGCAUGAUGACGAUUCCCAACAUUCUAUCAUUUAUUAUGUUAUAUACCAAGGGUAUAAUCUUAAAACUGCCAAAGUUAUUUUGCUACUAUUAUACGUUUC